CAUAGCUACAUGCCGGUCUAUGUGGUUUGGUUCUAUGGAGUGGUUGCUGUAUUGUUUUGAUUAGGAAAAUCAUUUGGACAGGUAACGUUACCGCUACGGAUUACGUGAUCUAAGAUCUCCCCUGUAGUCAUAGAAGUCAUGGAUGAGCAGACAGGCUCUCCAGGAGCCAAUAACGACAACAGCAGCCAAAGAAAUGGAGAUGAGAAGCCCCGACGUGCCAGCUGGACCAAGGGGAGGAAGAGGAAGAAGCCAAUGAAGGACAGCAAUGCCCCCAAGGCCCCCCUAACGGGCUACGUUCGCUUCAUGAACGACAGACGAGAGCAGCUACGGGCAGAGCGUCCAGACGUGCCAUUUCCAGAGAUUACGAGGAUGCUGGGCAACGAGUGGAGCAAGCUGCCGCCCGAGGAGAAGCAGCGAUACUUGGAUGAGGCGGAGCGAGACAAGGAGCGCUACAUGCGGGAGCUGGAGAAGUACCAGAAGACGGAGGCUUACAAACAUUUCACCAGGAAGGUUCAGGAGAAGCAGAAGGGCAAGCGGCACAGGGGAGAUGUUGGGCACCAGGUAGCCAACGAGGCUCUUCACGAGAAGGAUGCAGAAGGCAAGGACAGAACUGUUUUUGACAUACCAAUCUUCACAGAGGAGUUUCUCAACCACAGCAAAGCACGUGAAGCUGAGAUGCGGCAGCUGCGUAAGACCAACAUGGAGUAUGAGGAGCGUAACGCAGCGCUGCAGAAACACGUGGAGAGCAUGCGCGGGGCAGUAGAGAGGCUGGAAGGCGACGUGAUGCAAGAGAGGGGACGCAACGGCCUCCUCCACCAACACCUGGAGACCCUGCGCCAGGCGCUCACCUCCAGCUUCUCCUCCGUACCUUUGCCAGCUAGUGGAGAGACGCCCACUCUUGACAGCAUUGACUCGUACAUGAAGAAGCUCCACAGCAUCAUAGUCAGCAACCCCCAGGAACAUGAGAAUCUCAUCAACACUGUGAGAGACGUGGUCAACCGUUUGGACAGAUAAUUGGACCAAGUCCCACUGAUUUGAUGGAUUGAGAUUCUCAGUGGCGUUCAGUAGACGCUGCUCCUUGACGGGGAAUCUUCCGGACGAAAACCUCUUUUAUUACUCUGCUAUUGUAAUGUAGGUGAAGGUUAUGUAGCGUCUCAUAUUUAUUUAUAAUUGUUUAAAUAACUUUUUUUUUUUUUAUAAACUGUUCACACUUUAAUAUAGCCAUAGUUUGUUUUUAUAAAAUAAUGGUAGGACAUGAAACGGUUUCAUGUCACUCGUUGCUCCUGUUGUGUCUUCACUGUCCAUUUAUAGCAAAUGCUUCCACAGCAAUAUCUAAAGCAUUAUACAAAAUGUGCGAAAAUGUUGUGAUCAAAGAAAAAUGUAUCCGUGGGUUUGUGUUUCCAUAUCCAAGAAAACCUGUUGAACAGACUUUCCUUUUUCCUAACUCUGUUGAAGAAAAACGUGCCAUUUGUUUGUUUUUUUCUGUGUGAAAAAGUGUUUGUGUUUUCAAUAAACGUAUUUACAUCA